AUGCGCAACAAAAAAUCACACUGCAAUGGCACUGUUCUCCACGAACAAAGAACCAAAAUCGAUCCACAGACCCAAUGCCCGCCGCCUCUCAAGCUUGAUGAGCCGCAAAGGCCGAUUAACCAGGCCGCGAUGGAAGAACAUCUAGUACGCUACAACUUCACUACCCUGGAAUACCGAGACCUGGACAGAAACCUCACUGAAACAUAUGCAUUCGGAGGUAACGACGCAUACGGAUAUGAUGGGCUCCGUAUCUACAGAUACGUUCUCAUCGACGAACUAGUCGCCGCAUUGAAGGCCAAAAAUGUCCCCGUCCAGUACGGGAAGAGGUUUUCGCACGUUGUCAAAGAUACCCCCGAGAAUGGCGUGACUUUUGCCUUUGCCGAUGGCACAACUGAGUCGACCACAAUUUUAGUUGGUGCCGAUGGCAUUCACUCUACCGUUCGUCGGUACCUCUACCCCGAUCUGGAGACUAAGUUCAUCGGGAUGGCUGGCAUCACUGCCACAGUCUCAAGGGAGCAGUUGAAAUUGCCACCUAACUACCACAUCCCUGUCACAAUCACCUCUUCCCAGGGCGCAUUUGGUAUCGCUCCCCAGCAGGUUGACGGGUCUGAAGUAUUGAUUGGUAAACAGCAACGUGUUGCUGCACCGGAUCAACCCGGUUGGGAUCGUGAAUUUGUGGCCGACAAACAGGGAGCCAUUGAGUUUCUCCAAUCAGACACGGGCCAUUUCCCUGAUUUUGUUCAAAAUGCUGUUUCGUACAUAGACCCUAAUAAGGUUAACAAAUGGCCUUUCUUCGUUGUUCCCAAGCUUGAGAAAUGGGCCUCGGAAAACACGCCAGCUCACGCUAUCCCACCGUCUGCUGGGCAAGGUAUCAACCAGGCCUUUGAAGAUGUCUAUAUCCUUGCCCUGCUUUUGGGCCAAGCAAACCGGGUCAGCAGCCUGCGGGAUGCACUGAGCUUCUGGCAGACAUAUCGCCAGGAUCGUGUCGAUAAGAUCCUAGAGCUGAACAAACAGAUUGAUAUCCGGCGGAUGCCAUCUAGCGACAAUGUUGUUGGUGUGGAUAGUGGUGUUGUCAGAGGGGAUUUUGACCUUCGCUGGCUGUACAACCCGGAUUUCAAGAAGAUUGUUAAUGACUGGGUUUCUGAACAUGAGAAAUAG